AGGUUCUCUUUAAUUUGUAAAUCAGGGUAAAGAGCAAGAAGAAAGAAAACAAGCUAUUUUUAUUUAUUAUUAUUUACUGUGAAAGAAAGUCUAUACAAUACUUAUAUGUCCAUGAUGUUGGCCAUCGAAAAAUGACGGUACAUAGACUCGUAGCCAGAAGGUUCACAUACGAUAUACACGAAAAUCAACAUAACUUCUGGCAACUUGUUAAACAUAACAGUGAACCACUUCGAUACGGUAAUUAUCAACUUAAAAUAUUGUCAAACCCAAAACACAUUUUAGAAGCAGAGAAAAUGGUUUCAAUGAUGUUUGAUGAGUGCCACUGGACAUGGGAGCCUAGUAAUCCAUCAGAUUUUGAAAGACACGUGGAUAGUGAUGGUAAAACUUACAUAACAGAUAGCAUGGAAGAAAAUUCUAUUUGGGGAGGUGCCUUCAAAGAUGAUGAUCUUGUUUCGUGUAUUCGUUUGGUCUACAGGACAAAAAAUGCGGGGUUAGAUGUUGAAAAAUAUCCAUUAAACAAGGAAUUAAGGACACUUCUUUCCAAGAACAAUGUAGUCGAAAUCGAGAGAGGGUUAACACUCCCUCAGCACAGAGGCAAAGCAUUAAAUAAACUGCUUUGUGGGGUAUUUGGAAUGUAUUCAAAGAUAAUCGGAUCUGACAUGGUCAGCACUUCUCCAGCACCUCACUACGUCAGAGACAACAUUGGAACGGUUGUCGACGAUCAAUUUGACUAUGGUGACGGAAACAAAAUACUUUUUCUUUACUAUUCACAAAAAGAUCUGGAGAAAAUAAUAGAUCAUGUCAAAUAUAUGACAGACAAUAAAAAAAGUAGCUAGAAGUUAAAAGUAUUGAAGGAAAAACCUUUUAUCGCAAAAUUUGUGCAGUUGAUUGCAAAGCUACAGUUUACGAUUUCCUACGAAUAACGACGCAGAGAAUAUUAUCUAAGUUUGGAAAAGAUGCACGAAAUCGAGGAAGGUGCAACCAAGCAAAAAAACUAAGGCAAUGACACACGAUUCGUUUAAUCCGAUUUGUCGAAGUUAUAUUGAGAAUUAAAAUAAGUUCAAACUUGAAAUGAUACACGAGAUCAUAUUUUUGUUAUCUUUUGUGAUCAAUUUAUUUUAAUUUUAAUGAUUUAAAUCGUUUGGGCA